CGAGCCAUGCGCCAUAUUGUUUCCCAACUUCCGCGUCUCAAAGAUGGCGGAUAACGACAUCGAUUUGUACGCAGACGAUAUUGAUCAAGAUUUUGCCCAGGACGACUUUGGGAGUGAAAACGUGGAUCUCUACGACGAUGUAAUUGCCGCUCCGGCAGCCGCUAACAGCACCGAGACCACGGAAGCUAACCAUCAACCCGCGACUACAGCUAACACGGAAGAGACAAACGGGAAUACUUACUCCACUCAGGGGAACAACAUCACACCCAAUGUAGGUCGUCGGCACCAGCUUUAUGUAGGAAAUCUGACCUGGUGGACCACUGAUCAGGACAUUGCAAACGCCGUGCACGACAUUGGUGUAAAUGAUUUCCACGAGGUUAAGUUUUUUGAGCACCGCGCAAAUGGCCAAUCAAAAGGCUUUUGCGUCAUUUCUCUGGGUUCUGAACCCAGCAUGAGGCUUUGCAUGGAUCAUCUUCCGAAGAAAGAAAUCAACGGCCAAAAUCCCGUCGUCACUCUUCCCACCAAACAAGCCCUCAGUAAUUUUGAAAGUCAGUCCAAAACCCGCCCAUCCCCCACAAAUAAUUCCAAUAAUCGUAACCAACAUCCUAGCCAUGCUAACAAUUCCAUUCCCUCAGGUCCCCACCAAAAUUAUGGCGGCAGAAUGCCAAUGAACAAUCAAAUGCGAGGUCCUAUGCCUCCAGGUAUGCAAGGCCCUGGUGUACCUAGAAUGCAAGGCCCAGUGGGUUACAAUGGCCCCCCUCAAAUGAAUCAAGGUCAGCCGCCUAGGUUUCAAGGACAACCACAGUGGAAUGGCCCCAGGCCGAACGGCCCUGGUCCCAAUAUGGGUCCAAUGCGGCCUGGCCCACCUCCUCAAGGCCCUCCCAGGCCACCAAUGUUCCAGGGACCGCCCCAAGGACAGAUGCCUCCACGAGGCAUGCCCAAUCAGGGUCCACCUCCUGGUCCCAUGCGGCCCGACUGGAACAGACCACCAAUGCAACAAGGCUUUCCCCAAGGACCCCCGCACAUGCAAGGUCCCAACAUGGGCCCACGGGGCCCUCCCCCAAUGGGAGGUCCGCCUCCGCAAGGUCCCCCCCAAGGCCCGCCCGCCCCACACGUCAACCCUGCGUUUUUCCAACAAGGGGGACCGCCACCACAAAUGCAACACCCCAUGCAACCUGGACCUAUGCCCCCACAGGGUCCGCCCCAGGGGCCUCCUCAUGGACCGCCUCAUGGCCCACCUAUGGGCCCCAACAACGUGCCCCCCCAUGGCCCCCCUCACGGUUACGGUCCUCCUACCAGCAUGCCCCAGCCCCCAUACGGCGGGCCGCCCCCCGAUCAUCGCAAUGACAUGCCGCCCUUGAGUGAGCAAGAAUUCGAAGAUAUUAUGUCCAGAAAUCGCACCGUGUCGUCAUCGGCGAUCGCUCGGGCUGUUUCGGAUGCUGCCGCUGGCGAAUAUGCUAGCGCUAUAGAGACUCUUGUUACUGCCAUCUCUCUGAUUAAACAAUCAAAAGUGGCGAAUGACGAUCGUUGUAAGAUUUUAAUCAGUUCGUUGCAGGACACCCUGCGUGGGGUGGAAGACAAGAGUUACAGUUCUGGACGGAGAGAUAGAUCUAGAUCUAGAGAAAGGGCACACAGAAGAGGACGUCGGGAGCGCUCGUCGUCCAGGUAUCGCGAAAGAAGUCGGGAAAGAGAUCGUGAUAGGGACAGAGACCGUGAUCGUGAUCGGUAUUAUGCUGACAGUUACAGAGAAAGGGAACGAGAUCGAGAUAGAUCUAGAAGUAGAGGAGAUAGAGAACGUGAACGAGAAUAUAGAGACAGAGAAGCUGAUGACGCGUCACGUGUGUCCAGGUCUAGGAACAAGUCGCCACCUGACGCCGUGGAUCCUUCUGGUGAACCUACUUCAAAGUCGCGCUAUUAUGAUGACAGAUAUCGUGAACGAGAAUCAGGACGUCGUGAAAGUGAGCGUGAAAGGGAAAGAGAUCGCAGGGAUGAGUCUCACCGGUCCCGACAUUAAUUUUUUAAGCGCCACUUGUUGUUAACGUGUUGUAGCACGUACAUGUCAUGCAUGUAUUUAAAAUACUAUAUUACUGUAGCGAUAAGUUAAAAUAGUAAAUCAUCUUAACUUUCAUUAUUGUAACCAAAAUGUUUAUUAUGUUUGUAAUAAGUAGCUUGUGCUGAAGAGGAACGAAGAAAGAAGCUUAACAGAAGAAGAUUGUAUGUUUUAGAUAAAAAAUAUGGUUUAGACUGAGAA